AUGUCCCACGUCGGAGAGUUGGGUAGUCCUAGACUGUCGGUUAUAGACUGGGCUAGUAAGAACCACGUUGAUUUUGAGUUUUUGUUGUUUAUAUGGGAUUAUGCUUCUCAAAAUUAUCAUGGUUCUGUUAAUUUUGAGAGCCUGAGAAAAGAUAUCAAACGGCAUGAAGACAACUUGAAAUUUUUGAAGUCGCAAGCAAAUCAUUUAGAUGAGUAUAUACUUGAUCUACAAGGUGCAGCAAAUGAAAAUGGUGCCCUUCACCCCGAGGAUAAAUUAAUAGAACAGAUAUUACACCAAGAGAGAUCCGCAGCUGGUAUAUUGUGCAAGGUAAAAUCUUACCAUGCAAUGCAGGCAUCAAAUUUGUCAUGGACAAAGGAUGUGCUAGGUAUUGUGGCUACCCUUGCUAGAGUUGAUAAUGAUAAUCUUAGUAGGCUUCUCUCAGAGUACUUGGGAUUGGAGACUAUGCUGGGAAUAGUCUGCAAGACAUUUGAUGGAAUUAAGGCUUUAGAAAAGUAUGAUAGAGAAGGCAAAAUAAAUAGCAUAGCCGGUCUGCAUGGUCUUGGGUCUUCAAUUGGGAGGAAAAUAGACGGUCGAUUUACUGCCAUUUGCGUUGAAGAUUUGAGGCACAAACCCCACUUAUUGCCGAAUACUGGUGGUUUCAUGGCCAAUGAUCCGCAAAAGAAACUUGCUCUUUUAAAGCCGAAGUUACUAAAUGGGAAGUGUCCUUCUGGAUUUAUUGACUUUGCAGUGAACAUGGUAAUUUUGGAUGAUCGGAACUUGUUUUGUGUUACUGCCAGUGGACAUGGUCUCAGAGAGACACUAUUCUAUAACCUAUUUUCUUACCUGCAAGUAUACAAUACUAGAACUGACAUGCUUUCUGCUCUCCCAUGCAUAACUCACGGAGCCCUGUCUUUAGAUGGUGGGAUGAUCAAGAAAAAUGGUCUCUUUGUGCUCGGCAGUAGGGAAAAUUUCGAGGUUAAAUUCCCAGUAAUCUCUAGCAGACCUGAUUUAUUUUCUAAUUAUAGUCAAAUCGAAGAUGGGAUCAGGAAGUUGAGAUGGCAACAGCAUCAUAUUGAGCAGGAUAUGCUAAGAGAACAACAGUUGUUGGAUAAAGCUAGGGCUGUCUCUUCAGGCAAACUGCAAGCAUGA